CCCCUUUCCAAGCGGCGCGCCCGGGAUUAGCGCAGCGGCGGUGGCGCACGGCCGCAAAUGGCGGCGACGGCGGCUCUUUCCCUUUCCCAGCGAGCCGGAUCGGGGCCGGCGGGCCCGUCGUCAUCUUCCUCCUCCUCCCCCCCGUCUCGGCUGCGCCCCGGGGCCGGCGUGUGAGCCGCUCCGCUUUGCGCAAGGCGCCCCCCGGGGAACCUCUCCAAACCCGCCAGCCCGGCGCGCCCUCGCCCUCCUCGGCAUGUCGGAGGCGGCGGUGCCCCCGCUGGUGCGCCUCAACGUCUCGCUCAAGAUCCAGCCCAACGACGGGCCCGUCUUCUUCAAGGUGGACGGGCAGCGCUUCGGCCAGAACCGCACCAUCAAGCUCCUCACCGGCGCCAAGUACAAGAUCGAGGUGGUCGCCAAGCCCGGCAACGUCCAGGCCACGACCAUGGGUAUCGGGUCAGUGACGGUGCCCCUGGAGGAGAAGUCGCGAGACGCCCAGAUGGUGGUGUACAAUGGCAUCUAUGAUACCGAGGGAGUGCCUCACACCAAAAGCGGGGAGAGGCAGCCGAUACAGGUCACCAUGCAGCUCACAAACAUCGGCACCUUCGAGACGGUCUGGCAAGUCAAGUUCUACAACUACCACAAGCGAGACCACUGCCAGUGGGGGAACAGCUUUGCCUCCAUAGAGUACGAGUGCAAGCCGAACGAGACCCGGACCCUCUUGUGGAUCAACAAAGAGAGCUUCCACUGAGGGCGAGGCGUUCUGCGCGCCGGGACUGUCUCUCAGCAGACUGGCAACGAGCACACCUGGACAAUCUCUCGGUCAGCGAAAAGCAGCACAAAGCCUUAUGAGAGGCGUUCUGUGGAGAUACUCGUGCUUUCUGGCCAUCCAAAAUAUAAUGAUUUGGGGGAGGAGUUUGGUUUGGGGUGGAAAAUUUGCUUCUGAGUAGCUCGGGUUUAAGGCUGCAAGUACAGAUUAUCUACAUAAAACGGGCGUUCUUAGGU